GAAGGGGCCAGUUCCAGCCUCCCGUUCUGGAUCUCGGGGUGGGGAUGGAGCCCUGGGGUGGGGGUCAGCACUGCUCCCCACAUACUUUGCGUCCCCCCGUCACCCCCGCGGCCGUGGGUCCGCACCAACGAGCAAGGGAGGGCGGUGGCCGGGUCCGAGGCGAGGCAGGGCAGGUUCCUCCCGCGCCUAGCACUCCCGUCAUGUGGUUUCGUACCCCCUGGACUCAUUUCCAAAAAAGCAUUUCCUCCUGCUGCGGUUGGGCGUAAAAGCCUGCCUGGGGAGGGUUGGCGCUCACUCGCCACGCGUCGCGUGCUGCUGACGGCAGCCAUGGGGUGCCGGGGCACCCUGCCCGGGCACUGAGCUGCCCCGACACCCCACUGCAUCUGCUGGCCCGCUCCCCUCACUGCCCCGGCAUGACCCAGCCGCAUCGGCCACAAGGAUGAAGUGUUGCUGCCCUGGGGUGGCUUGGGUAACCUUGGCAGCGCUGUGGCUGGCCGCCAGCGAAUCGCAGCCCCCAGGGUGGCGGGACCGCGCCGUGCCGCAAAGGCAGCCAGUCCUUGUGCAGCCACUCCUCCGCCUGCGGAGACAUGCCAUCCCCUCCCGGUGCCCCGCCGGCACGAACUGGGUCGAGACUGCUCGGCAUUGCUGCCUUCCAUGUCCCGCAGGUGAGCGCUGCCCAGUCCGUGUGGCAUGGCACAGCACACCAUGGCACAGCAGGGGCAUUGCUCCAGGUGGCCGUGCUCCCUGUCACCCCGCUGUCCCUGCAGGGACAUUCCUGUCCAAGCCCUGCACAGUCCCUGAGACUCUCGGCGCGUGCAGCCCCUGUCCCGCCGGCACCUUCAGCACCCAGCCCAACACCUUCAGCAAGUGCCAGGCUUGCUCCGAGUGUGACCAACACGCGUUCCAGAGUGUGCUGAGCAACUGCUCGGCCACCAGCAACGUCCAAUGUGGCUGUGAGCCCGGCCACUUCCGUGACUGCACUUACCCGCGCUCAUUCGCCUGCAGCGAUUUCUCUUGCCAAAAAUGCCAGCUCUGCACUGGACGCCUCAUCCAGCGACCCUGCUCGGCGAUGCAGGACACACUUUGUGACAGCAGCUGCAAGCCUGACUUCUACAGAGAUGGUGAUGAGUGCCGGCCAUGCCACAAGAGCACACAGGACACAUGUGGCAAAGAGUGCCAGCAAGUGUGUGGCAGCAACAACGACCAAGGUUCAGGUCUGGAAUACAUCCUGCUGGGACUCACCGGGCCUCUCUUCCUGGGUGCCCUUGCCAUUUACCACAAGAGGAAGAGGCUCUGGCAUGGUGCCCUGGCAGGUGGUCCCCUCCCCUCAGCACAGGCCACCACCUCAAUGGCCGGGGCUGCAGCCACAUCGUGGUGCCAGUUCAAUGGCCGGAGGUGGGACAACCUGUGCUUUACCCAGCCAUGCUCCCCACAGGGUACAGAGCGUGCCACUGGCACAGCAAAGCAGAGCCCCAACCACCAGGCCUUGCUGUAUGAGCAGCCCAGUGAUGAAGGGGAGCCCUCUGCACCCCCAGAGCCCCGCGGUGCCCUGCUGCAGGGCAGCCAGCUCUACGCUGUCAUCGAUGUGGUGCCAGUACGGCGCUGGAAGGAGUUCAUGCGGAUGCUGGAACUGCGGGAAGCAGAGAUUGAGCUGGUGGAGCUGGAGGUGGCGCACAUCCGCGACCAGCAGUACGAGAUGCUGAAGCGCUGGUGCCAGCAGACCAGUGCCACACUGGACCAUGUCUUUGCUGCCCUGGAGCGCAUGGAGCUGGCUGGCUGUGCCGAGGCACUGCGCCAGAGUCUGCUUGUGGGACCCUAAUCUCCAGCGCCAGCACCCUGGCACAGGGAGGUCCCAACACUUCCACAUCUCACUGGGCACCUCAUCCCAGCCAUACCCCUAAGUAUUGUUACUUAUGCCGUGUAGACAUUUUAUGUCAGUUUUAUGUCCCCUUCCCACCUGCCUGUCCCCUCUAUUUAUGUCGCCCUGCUCCCAGGGCCGGGGAGGACCCCAUGCCUCAGCACGUCGGCUGCCCAGCCACUCGCGGGACGAGCGGGCACCGAGUCCACCGCAAACCCAUGGGAUAGUUCUCAAGGCUGCCCGCUGCUGGGCACUCCUUCCCCCUCCCCAAUAAAUGGUGUGUUCUCCACCCA